UUGAAAAUAAAAGUGAAAACCUUUGAAGUACAUAACAUACUACCAAAACUUGAAUCUCAAAAUUCCGUAUGUAUCACACUUACCAUCAACAAUCGAGCCAAAUCUUUAUCUGAAAACAUUAAUAAUAACUAAAAAUAGCUAAAAUGAGUAGCCGAUAACAUGUUAUUCAUGUUUUUACAUUUCCUUUUCGUUAACACGCUACCGACUUUCGUGCUGAGCGUUGGGUUUCCUGAUUAGAAACGGAUCAAAGAAGUUGGUCAUGAAGUUGAAGCUGGAAUUUGAUGAAUUUGUUGGUUAAUACCAAGUUUUAAUUCGAUAGUUAUUACACUGACACAGUAUCUUUCAAAUUUUUUGUUCGAGCACUAUGCUUUUUUGGAAGAAAAUUCCCGUUAAACUUAGAAAAAGAGUUUAAUAAUCGGCUUUUGAGGUUAUGUUUAUGCAAAGACAUCACUAAAUUUUAAACCACAAUUAAAUCGAAUUGAUAGUUGUCUUGUCAAAUAUGUCAUCCCAAGAGACAUCUAGUAUAAACUUAAUUUUCAAGCAACUAGAGUCCUCUUCUUCAGCAACUGUGUUGAGGAGUCUUCUGGAACUCAGAAAUAAACUUCUCAAGUCUCCUACAGGGGUCCAGCUGUUCAGAAAGAACAAUGGAUCAAAAUACCUAUUUAGAUUUGUUAAGAAACCCAACGAAAAAAUUCUUGACACCACUUUAAGCAUUUUAGCCAAUUUGUGCUUAGACGAGUACUUUAAGUGUCAGGUUGCAGAAGAACCUGGAUUACUUGUUCACAUUCUGAGCCUUAUAUCUCACAUGCAAAAAGACAGCAUCAUUGGACGAGCAUGUCGUUUGAUUGGUAAUUUAGCCACCAGUCAAAAUAUAGCAGUGAAACUUUAUCAGAAAGGCGCUGUACCAAAACUGAUUGAAUCUUUAAAGUCAAAGGAAAGUUCUGCUGGUACUAAACAGAUGGCUGUAAGGGCCUUAAGAUUGCUGUGGGAGGCUGAAAUCAGCCAAGACAAAAUGCUUCAAGAUGAAGUUGUACGAACUAUUUCAAGUCUUUUGAACACACCUGUUGAUGAACUUCUACAAGCUGUUCUGAAGGCUUUAGCAAUUUUCACUCACCGGUGUAGUGAGCGCUGUGCUCUUCAAGUUCAAGGCGAUGGUAAAGGGUUUGAAGAACUUAUUGCGUCUAUAAAAAAUUGUUCUAAACAUGAGCUGCCUGUUAGUGUCAUAUUAAACCUUUGUUAUGUACCUGAGGUGCGUCCCUUAUUGGGAACUGCAGGUGCCAUAGAAGCUGUUAUGAGUCUUACAGAUAGUAAAAACAAACAUCAAUGUUAUUCUGAUGUUGUUUCUAUACUUUGUCUUCUUAGUCGUGAGUCUGUGAAUAGAAGUAAAGUUCGAAGAAAUGGUGGACUAGAAGUAUUGUUGGAUACAUUGCGCCUUGAAUCUUAUCCAAAUUUGGAAGCGAGGACUUUGAAUGCAAUGCUUCAUUUUAUAUAUGAUGAAUGUGGUCUUGAGAUUUUAAUUAAAGAUGGUCUAGUUCCUGUGCUAGUGAAAAAACUGAUCAAAGCAGUAGAUCAACUUGGAAGUGUACAUAAUGGUCAAAUUAGUAAGGCGUGCAUAAAUAAUUCAUCAGCUUCAGCGGACAGUAAUCACAAGCGUAUACGUCUAUCAAAUUGCAAAGAAGAAGGUGUUUCUUUUUCAUAUGACAAAGACCCUCUUGGACUUAGAGUACGAGAAAUAGCCUCAUCAUCCAUGAGGUUUGAGUCCCCAGGUGGUCAGUGGAGCCCAGGAAGUUCAAGAAGCGUGGAAUUUUCUCCUGACACAAUGAGGACCUACAGCCCACCUCUUCUUAAUUUAAGCUGUAGUCCCACAUCCUCUGCUUUGUCCCCUGCAUCACAUUUUUCUCCUCCAUCACCACUUUCUGAUGCAUAUUCUCCAGUCUGUGGUUACAGUAGUAGUGAAGACGAAAAGCCAGAAGAAACAGAUGUUGAAACUGUUGCUGACUGUUAUGCUGAUUCUGAUAGUGAAGUUACCAGCCCAUGCUUAAAAGAUAAAGAUGAUAUUGAUGAUAUUCAGGAGGCUUUAAAUGCCAACCUCCCAUCAAAUAAUACUUCAAGACACGGUUUGAUUGAAAGCUGGUGCUUACUGCUAUUGUCAAGGGUGUCACACAUGGACUCUCUUGUAGAUGAUAUGAUUUCCAGUAGCACUGUUGACACGCUCUUGCAGUACUACACUAUGCUGGAACCUCCCCAUCCUAGGGCAGCAAGAAUUCUUCAACGCAUUACAAGGAAUCAUCACUGCCUUUUACCUCUCAUGCGAGCUGGUCUAGUACUAAAAGUAAAUAAAAGAUUGUCAGGAAAGCUUCACGACAACUGUUCUCGCUGUCUUGAUUUUGAUAGUCUUGGAAAUUCUUUACUGUCGCAACUUUCUGUAAUAGCUGAAUCAGGUUUUGGGGAAGGUGUGAUUGUGCAUAAUUUAAUGUGUGCUGCAAGACCUGUCCAGUCUCAUCUCAUUGUCAGCAUUCCAUACAUCAUAAGAAAAAAGAAACUUCUACAUCAAAUGCUUAGCUGUAAGAUCAAUACUAUAACUGGUCUUGAUCUUCUUAUACAAUUAAUGACAGACGAAUAUGGUGAUGGUAUGUCUGUAGAGGCUACCGACAGUGUCAAUCACCUUGUUCAGCAAAUCGGUGCAGUGCCAAAAGAUGUCCCAAAGACCUUUAAGAUAAAAAUGUGCAGGAGAACUACUAGUAACUGUUCAAAGUUAAUUCAAAAAUCUUCUGCUGCUGAUGGUAAUGAUCUUAUUCUUUUGAAGUUAGAUAAUGGUGCUACUGUUCCAGUGAAGAAGGGUGAACUGUGCGAAGAAUCUCCUAUGUUCACUGCAAUGCUUACUGGUAAUUUUAAUGAAAACGGGAAAAAUUGUGUGCCUAUAAAAGAUGUGUCAGAAGAGUAUCUCUCUGUUCUUUUGUCUUUAAUGCGUGCCCCAACUCAUUGCUUAUGCUGUUUGUGGUGUCGUGACAUAAAUUUUGCAUUUGAAAUUCUGAAACUUGCUGAUCGGUUUAUUCUACCAAAAGUUAUUGACAAAGUAGCUAAUUGGUUAGUUUAUCGGUUGACUCCUGAUGUUGUGUGCUCAUUUUACUUGCAAGCACAAAAUUUACGUCAUGUGCUAUCCAAAAGUGAAAUGCUUUCCAGAGAAUCUUUGCAUUUUGCUCUAUCAGAAGUAAUUGACAGAGAAAAACGCCAUGAAAUAUUUUCAGUUUUACUAAAUUCUGAUCAUAAAAGUCAGUUCAUAGAUGAUCUUACUGUUCUAAUAAAACUUAGUGUAGAAAAACCAAGUUAAUUUCCUCAAACUCAAGGAGCUUUUCAACUCGCUCAGUCUUCUCACCAUUUUAAUUUUUCUUGUAACUUACUUUACAUCUGUUAAAUAGCUUCAUGGCGAUGGGUUUGAAGUUGUAACGGUUGUAACUAAGUCAAUGCGUCAUUAUUUUGGUUAUUAACACGUUGAGUCCCACGUGACCACAAGUAUGGUCACAAAGCAUGUGAUUUAUGGCCCCCUGGGACUCAACGUGUUAAUGAAAAGUAUUAUUUACUUUCCGAAAAGUUUCUCUAUCUCAUUUUAUUUCUAGCUUAGAACCGUUGUUAAUCUAAUCAACAUGUGCACUUGGCACCUAAAAAACUUCCUCAUAUGAUAAGUUUGUUAAGAUGGAACAAGCCUCUCAGUAAUAUUGUUCAGAUUACCUAUCUCUUGUUAUCUAAUCAAAAUUAAUUCAUCCAUGUCUGAUACAGAGAAUUCUUUCUCUAUGUUGUGAGGUGCAGUCUUGUAAAGUUGUGAAGGAUAGCUGGUUGUUAAAAUUUUCUUGUUACCUGUUUCCUAGUUUCUGUUUUUGACAGCUUCGUCUUUUUUUAAUGUAUUAUUUUUGAAAGUAACUUAUUCUGCAUAGCUAAAACUUAUUGUGUUGUGAAAUGAUUACCUAAUGUGUAGUGUAAGUUGUAGUUUUGACAGGUGAUACAUAUGUGAUAUGAUUUGUGAUUUUGUUUAUGUCCUGGUUUCAAGUGUUAUCAACUUUGUUUUUGGUUGUAUUGUAAUUUUUUGUCAUGUUUACCAAUUCUUUGUGAUUGAGAAUUUGAUAAAAACGUCAUGAAUUGUGAUAUUA